AAGGACUUACGGUAGCUCUCAUUUGUGGUAGAAGUAAUUUCAGUUUAAAAAAUAUAUUUUUACAGAAUGUUAUUAAAUGAAUAGUGGAUCCGUACGUUAUUGCAUAACAGUAAUUAUUUUCUAGUCAUUGUCUAAGAAAAUGUUAGUGUAACAACAUGAUCUCCUGAUAAGCACACUUUCAUUUUCUCCUUAUCUUACAUAGAGUAGGCUGUUUUUUUUUAUAUUUUUUCGUGCGCUAAGUUGCGUGACUGUACUAUGUAACCGUUACUACUAUUAAUGCUCGUUUUUUUCGUUUUGUCUGUGAGAAAUUCUCUUGUAAUUUGUCGAAUUAAGAACGAACUUCCAAAAAACUUUACUAGCUUGUGUAAUUCCUUCGACUUUGAUGAUUUUAUUUAAAGUUUCCUUAUUUUCCCAUGGCCACAAUAAGCAGUUUCAAUGGAGUUUUAUUAUAAUUUCUAGUUAAUGUGAAUUGUUUCUUUCUAGAUGCAGUUCGUGCUAAGUCUAGCGUUGGUUGCGUCAUCCGAAGCGUUUUUCCUGAAAUGGGGCUCUGAUUCAGCUAGCCAGUCGACAGCCCAAAAGACUUGGGUGCAGCCCCUACCACCGAACAUGUCACCGAGCUACCGCUACCAAUACACGUACACUCCGUACGAGCCCCGCAAGGUGUACCAGAUGCAGCCAUCGCAGUACCAGCAGCAGGAGAUGGUGCAGCAGAACAUGGGCCCGAUACCGAUCAGCAUGCCGGCCGGCGCCAGCCUCAAGCCCGUCUCGCUGCAGCACGUCCAACUGGUCCCCUGCAUGUGCCCUGUAGCCCCUGAGGAGGCCGAGAAACUCCAGGAACAAGUUGGCCCCGGACCCUACAUGGCUCAAACCUACACACAGCCUUCGUACACCGUCCCACAACAAGUCUCCACGGACAAUGUCCAGAAUCCAAACAAGCAGUAGAGUCUGGCUAUAUUUUUUUUUAUUCCAAGUUAUCCCGCCAAUGACUCUCUCUUUUAAAGCAUAAUUUAUUUCAUUGAAUAUUUUAUUUAUCGUCUUGGAUCAGAAACCUCCCAUUACAAUUUAAAUUUAUAUUCCUCAAGUGGGGUUUUUGUUCUAAGUAUAACGAAGACUGAUAGAGUAAGAACAACAUGUGUUCAUUCUAAAUAAAUAUAAAAUCUUACAAUUGCGCUUGUUUUUUUUUUGCCUUUUUGAUUGCUUGUUUAUUUGACACA